AUGCCACUGCAUAAUUUACAAUUAAAGGUUGGAUCUCCAAUUAUCAUGCUUCGUAAUUUGAACCCGCCUCGGUUGUGCAACGGUACGCGAUUAGUCAUUCAAAAAUUAAUGAAAAACGUGAUCGAAGCCAGGAUUUUAAAUGGCAAGUGCAGAGGUGAAAAUAUACUCAUACCACGGAUUCCUAUUAUACCUACCAAAUGUAUUCAGUUUCCGAUUAGAUUGGCAUUUGCAAUGACUAUCAACAAAUCCCAAGGUCAAACGAUGUCUGUUUGUGGAUUAGAUUUGAGAACACCAUGUUUUUCACACGGACAAUUAUACGUGGCAUGCUCUCGAGUGGGUAAACCAUCCAGUUUGUUUGUGUUAGCUAAUGAUGGACUAACAAAAAAUAUUGUUCACGCUAUAGCAUUAAGAGAUUGA